UCAUAUCUCACACAACACUGUCUGUCUGCCCCCCUUUCGUCUCUCUCCAGCCUCAUGUUCACACCACCACCAAGCCGACGCAGAUCCCCUGUCUAGCCGACACUGAGAGCCCGCUGCCGGGGGCAGUCGGUGUCCAUUGAGAAGGUACCAGGAUGCGGUGCCAUAAGUUUUUUGGACCAUGUUGGUUUGGAUUUUAUAUUUGUGCUGCCAUGCUUUUCAGAGGAUCCCUCCAGGGAGAGUACCAGAGGAAGCUCUACAAGGAGCUGAUGGCUAACUACAACCGACUGGAGAGACCUGUGGUCAACGACUCUGCUCCAAUUUUGGUGGAGCUGGGUCUCACACUGCUGCAGAUCAUAGAUGUGGAUGAGAAAAACCAAGUGCUGAUGACCAACGCUUGGCUGCAGCUGUACUGGACAGACAUCUACCUCAGCUGGAAUACGGAAAGCUUCCCUGGUGUCCAGAACCUCAGAUUCCCUUCAGACCAGAUCUGGACCCCUGAUAUCCUCCUUUACAACAGUGCGGACGAGCGCUUCGACGCCACCUUCCACACCAAUGUUCUGGUGAAUGCAUCAGGUUACUGCCAGUACAUCCCCCCUGGUAUCCUGAAGAGCACCUGCUACAUCGAUGUGCGUUGGUUCCCCUUUGACGUGCAAAAGUGUGACUUGAAAUUUGGCUCCUGGACGCACAACGGCUGGCUGCUGGACCUUCAGAUGUUGGAUGUUGACACGUCCACCUACAUUUCCAACGGGGAGUGGGACCUUGUGGGUGUGCCAGCGAAGCGCAAUGAGCUGUAUUAUGAUUGCUGUAAGGAGCCGUAUCCAGAUGUGACAUUCACGGUCACAAUGCGCCGCAGGACACUAUACUAUGGCCUCAAUUUGCUCAUCCCCUGUGUGCUGAUCUCUGGCUUGGCCCUGCUGGUCUUCUUGCUACCUGCUGACUCUGGAGAAAAGAUUUCUCUCGGCAUCACCGUGCUCCUCUCGCUAACAGUCUUCAUGCUCCUGGUAGCAGAGAUCAUGCCUGCCACGUCUGACUCUGUCCCUCUCAUCGCUCAGUACUUUGCCAGCACCAUGAUGAUUGUGGGGAUGUCUGUGGUGGUGACAGUCAUAGUCCUUCAGUUCCACCAUCAUGACCCUCGGGGAGGCAAGAUGCCGAAGUGGGUUCGUGUGGUUCUUUUGAAUUGGUGUGCCUGGUUUCUACGGAUGAAACAGCCCGGUGAUGAGCGCAAGCGGACAGGCUACAAGUACCGUCCCCCUACCCAGCACCACUCCAGCACCAGCUCCAUAGAGAUGGGUGCUGUACCAAGCCUCAGUGUGCCCCUCUCACAGACUUCCUGCCCUCCGUGCCCAACAGGCACCUCCAACGGUUCCAUGAGCCUCUACUUUAGCAACUACCACCCCAUAGAGAGUCCACAUUGCCCGCCCUCUAGCGACUCAGGGGUGGCACUUGGGGGACGCACUCAUGGUUCACCCAGUGACGAGGCUGAGCCGCCUGGAGGAGUUGGAAGUGGUGUUGGAGGUCUAGGAAUGGGAGUUACAGCUGGGAUGAGUGUAAGCAUCCCCCCACCAGAGAUUCAGCGCAUCUUGGAGGAGGUUUCAUACAUCGCCCAGCGCUUCCGCGACCAGGAUGAGGCUGAGGCUGUCUGCAGUGAGUGGAAGUUUGCAGCGGCAGUGGUGGACCGGCUGUGCUUGGUGGCCUUCUCUCUCUUUUCUAUCAUUUGCACCUUUACCAUCCUCAUGUCAGCGCCCAACUUCAUAGAGGCUGUUUCCAAGGACUUUACAUAGCUGGUUGCAGUCACUAGAGAAGACAAGGAGGACGAUUUAAAGAUUUGAAAAAGGAGGGGAAGGAAAUAAUGAAGAGUGCAGUUUAUGGUCCUUAAACUAAAGCCUGGGAGCACAUUGAGAAGAAGAUGGGCCCCACAGUGAUGAAAAUAAUUAUCUCUUGAAACUUUAACAAGCAAAUAGAGUUUUGCCGCUUGUUAUCAAUUCAACCAAUUAGGAGAAAAGGGCAUGAUGUCAGAAACAGAUUGUUAAUGUCCAGCAGAAGAUAAAAGUUCAAGCUUGAAGACAAGAGAGGCUACAGGCAAAAGGUUAGGAAUCAAUGGGGAUGGUAGAGGAGAUAAUUAUAUAGAUUUUCUUUUUAAUUGUGUAAGAUAUGGAUGAGGGUAAUGCAGUGUGGGUGCUUAUUGUCUUUACCCAGAGAGCAGUAUAAAUAUCAUUAUUUACAUAUAAUAUUUCUUUAAAAAACAGCUUUUUUCUUGUAUAAAACCAAGGUCCACCUCACUGCCUCUUUUCUAGUUCAUCUGUACCAACUGUUGCUGUCUUGUAUAUGUGUAAAUCCACACAUCAGUCCAUACACAGACUGUUCACCUUCUGAAAUCAUUACCAAGAAGUCAGACUUUCUCCUCAUGAUUGCACUGGAAGAAAGCAAAUGAUGAGGAACUUUCAUUUUGUGCUGAUUUUAACAGCCCCUGAGGACGGUAGCAGUACUUAUCGUGUCGUGGAGAUCUGGCAAGCAUCUACAUUGGUUUUGAAAGCAAGUGAAAGACAGACACAACCUCUUUUAAUGUUAUUCUGUCAAUAAUUGUAAAAUGAUGACGUUGUAACUAACAAGUCAACAGCUAACAUGUUGAUGCUUCACUAAGUUUAAGUUAUUCGCAUUAUGUUUCAUCAUACCUUCUCUUCUCUAAUAAGAGGGCAAGUUCAGACUCAUUUUACCUGCAUUCUGUCACUGUCCACUUUAGCUUUUUUUAAGCCAAUUCACCAUGAUGAAAAAUGUAGGAGGACAUAAAAAAGUAUUUCAAGAUAAAACUACACGUUUGAUAGCUACUAA